AGAAGUGUAGAGAUAUCAUAUCAUACCCUCAAAGAUUCCCUCUUUCUAAUCUAUUGUUCUUGUUUUAGUUUUAGUUUUUGUUUUUUUUAGUAAUUAUUUGUGUGAAACAGGUGAAGGAAUCAUGGGUCGUCGCAAGAUCGAGAUUGCAGAAGUGAAGGAUCCGAACACAAAGCAAGUUACAUUUUCGAAGCGUAGAAAGGGUUUAUUCAAAAAAGCAAAUGAAUUAUCCAUCUUGUGCGGAGUAGAAGUUGCUAUUGUUGUGUUCUCUCCAGGGAACAAACCUUACUCUUUUGGGCACCCUAGUGUUGAUGCUGUUGCGGCCAAAUUUCUUGAACCAAAUGAUGUCCAAGGCAAUGGUUCACCCAAUAUUAAUGAAGUUGGUGACAUGGAAAUGCUGAACCAACAACUAUCUAAUGUUGAAGCCCAAAUACUUGAGCAACAAAAGAAGGCUACGAAGCUUGGUGAAAGAUUGAGAAAACAUGAAGUCAAACAACUCUCUAAGCCCAGAGAAUCGCAGGAUUCAUUUUCACAGCUUCAGCACAACACAAAGGACUAUUUUGAUGCAAUUGAGGUUUCAGAGUGUUUGAUGCUCCUUGCACAACAACCGGUUGUCGGAAUAAAGAAACGGGUUUCAAAGAAAAGAAGAAAGAACUGAUGCUCAAUAGUCAAUACCAUCACCCCAAAACCUUUGUUGCCCCCAUUUAUCUUCGCUAAAGUCUCUUGUUUCAGAAAAAUAAUGUUUUGUUGCCUCAAUUUCUAAAUAUUACAAGGAUCCAAAAAUAAACUCUUUAAUUAUCGUCUCAAAUGCUAUUAUAUUUUUGCAGGAAUUUUGAUUGUUUUUAGUAAUGUUCUUGGA